AAGCGGGAAAAUGUAAGUGAUAUACAUAGGCGUUACUUGUGUGAGUUGUGUCAACUGCUAGACUACAAGUCUAGUAGGGGUGUAGUGGUGUACUCGAGUGAUCAAAAACAUUUUACACAACUUAUUUCUACUGACGGUUCGUUUUUAAAUUUAUUUUUUUAAUAAAGUUUUUUUUAUAAAAUGUUGGUAUUAGCCAUAAUUUUCCUUAAGCAUUAUUAUUAUUAUUUUUUUUUGAUGAAAAAGCGUCAAUGCAGAAUCAACGCCAAGUCAAUGUCCCAAGAAAAAGCAACCAAUCCUUUAAAAUUCAUCUCCUUUUUUUAUAUUCGUAAUUAAUUAAUUAAAUGUUUAAUCCUGUUUAAUGUCCUUUCAAAUUCUCCUAUUUCACUAUAAAUAAUAUUUUCAGUACAUUUUCUUACUCUAGUGGGUUUUCUUUUCUUCUUCCUGCACAACUUUUUUUUUUUUUUUAAUAGUGGUUUGUACUACUUCCUUUAAUUUCCUUUAUGGUUAAGAAAUCUUUUUUGUCCUAUUUAUUGAAAUGGGUUUAUCUAAGUAUUUGUUUAUUUAUAAUAUAUAGUUUCAUUUGAUGAUUUUAUUGCAGUUAGUUGUUGAUGAUGAUGGAGGGUUCAUGUUUAUCGCCUGGUGAUACAAAUGACAGAAUUGCGAGUAACGUUGGUUUUCUUGAUAUGGUUUUUUCAUGGUCUAUUGAUGACAUUUUCAAUGAUCAUUUUUACAGUGAAAAGAUCAGGCAGAUUCCUGAUUCAUUUCAAACAGUAAUGGAGUAUUUUAGCUCUUUUGUUUACCCACUAUUAGAAGAGACACGAUUUGAUCUUCGUUCAAGUUUGGAGAUCAUUUCAAGGGCACCUUAUGCUGAAAUAAUUUUCUGUGAAAAAAUUAAGCGUGAUCAAUUACUGUAUAGUGUUGAAAUAGAUGAAUGGAGAAACAGGUACAAUGACCGAGGCAAGGAGCCAUACAAAACAUUGCCUGGUGAUAUAUUUGCUCUUGUGAAAUCUCGGCCUGAAAGUAUAUAUGAUCUGCAAAUGCUGGCACAAACAUGGGUUCUGGCUUCAGUCACAAAUAUUUCCAAAAAUAACAAUGAGGACGAGAUAGAUGAUGAUGGUUCAUCGACCUCUUUCAGAGUUAUAUCAUCAAGGGACAUAGAGGAGAUAGAUGACAGCUUUAGCUCUCAUUUUUUGGUAUUCUUGAUGAAUAGCACUACACAUAAAAGAAUGUGGAAUGCCCUUCAGAUGUUUAAAAAUGUGAGAAUCAUCCAGGGAGCUUUACAAAGAAGUAUUGUGGAUCAUAAUUCGUGUGAAUCCAGUAAUUGUAGGAUCUUGUCUGAAGAUCUUUGUAUGGAGAUUUCUUCCGGUCUGAAUACAUCUCAAUAUGAAGCUGUUAUAACUUCACUGCAAGCAACACAAUCUGAGCACACGUCUCAGGUACAACUUGUCUGGGGCCCGCCGGGGACAGGCAAAACAAAAACACUCGGUACAUUGUUAUAUUUUCUCAGGAGGUUGACUGUUAGGACUUUAAUAUGUGCUCCAACAAAUGUUGCCAUCACAGAAGUAGCCGGUCGCCUUUUAGAACUAAUUAUGAAUUCUUCUGAAAGGGAUUCAGUAGGAACAUCCGACUCUUUGGGAGAUAUACUUCUGUUUGGAAACAAAGAUCGGUUAAGGGUAGGUUCAAACAUAGAAGAUAUAUAUCUUGACUAUCGCGUCAAAAGGUUAACUGAGUGUUUUGCGCCUUUAACUGGAUGGAGGAGUUGUUUUCCAUCCCUGUUUAAUUUCCUUGAGGAUUGUGUUUCACAGUAUAAUGUUUACACGGAAAAUGAAUUGAUUAAGGUGAAGGAUCAAAGCAUUGAUGAAGUUGUUACUGUACCCCAGAUUGAACCAUUUCUUACUUUUGUCAGAAAUCGUUUUAAAGCUGCUGUACAACCAGUCAGGCGUUGUAUUUUUCUUUUAUGCACUCAUGUAUCAAAUAGUUACAUUGGAGAACACAAUCUUGAGUUCAUGAACCUUCUCAUAAAUCUCCUUGAAUCCUUUGAAAAGUUGUUGUUUAAAUGUGAAUUGAGUUCCGAAGAACUGUUGGAACUUUUUUCUUCAAGGGAAGAUGAAGAUUCUCUGGUUGAUGGGGCUGGCCUUAACAACAUGCCUUUGCUUGAAGCACAUAGGAGAGAGUGCAUUUCCAUCCUUAGAACUCUGCAUCAAUCUCUUGGUGCUCUCUUUCCGAAUAUCAUGGGCAAAGAAUCCAUAAUGGAACUCUGUUUUAAGAUGGCAUCUUUAAUUUUUUGCACUGCUUCCAGCUCUUAUAAGCUCUACACUACACCGAUAGAGCCACUAAGUCUUCUGGUCAUAGACGAAGCUGCACAGUUGAAGGAAUGCGAAUCAGCGAUACCUUUGCAACUGCCUGGUCUAAGGCAUGCUAUUCUUUUUGGGGAUGAAUGCCAAUUGCCAGCUUUGGUUAAGAGUGAGCUAUCUGAGAAUGCUGGUUUUGGACGAAGCUUAUUUCAGAGACUUAGUUUGCUUGGUUGGCCAAAACUCCUGCUAAAUGUGCAAUACAGGAUGCACCCUGCAAUUAGUUCUUUUCCUAAUUCAGAAUUUUAUCUUAAGCAAAUUUUGGAUGCUCCUAGUGUCCGGAGUGAGUGCUAUGAGAGACAAUAUCUUCCAGCGCUCAUGUAUGGGCCUUAUUCUUUCAUAAAUGUUUCCGAGGGAAGAGAGGAGGUUGAUGAUGACGGACGCAGUCGCAGAAAUAUGGUUGAGGCUGCAGUUGUGGCUAAAAUUCUGCAUAAUCUUUACAAGACAUGGCGUCACUCAACUAAAAGGCUUGUCAUUGGUGUAAUAUCACCCUAUGCUGCACAAGUUGUGGCCAUUGAGGAGUUGCUAGGGAAAAGGUAUGAAAAACUCGAAAAUUUUGGAGUGAAGGUGAAGUCUGUUGAUGGUUUUCAAGGUGGAGAGGAGGAUAUCGUAAUUAUAUCAACAGUAAGGUCUAAUAGUGUUGGUGAAGUUGGGUUCCUCUCAAGUUCACAACGUAUGAAUGUGGCUCUCACCAGGGCAAGGCACUGUUUGUGGAUACUUGGAAAUCAAAAAACACUUUUUUUAAGUGAUUCAAUUUGGAAAAGAUUAGUUUACGAUGCUAGAGAGCGUCAUUGUCUUUUCAAUGCUGAUGAAGAUAAGAGCUUGACUGAAGCCAUGAUAGAUAUCAAGAAGGAGCUUAACCAACUUGAUGACUUGCUUAAUAAGGAUAGUAUACUUUUUAAAAGUGCCAGGUGGAAGGUUUUGUUUAGUGACAAUUUUGUGAAAAGCUUUUCGAAGCUUCCUUCAACCCGGGCAAAAAAAUCAGUUAUGAAUCUGCUUGUGAAACUCUCAAAUGGGUGGCGACCUAAGAAAAUCAAAGCUGACCCUGUUUGUGAGAGUAGUGUGCAAAUUGUCAAACAAUACAAAGUUGAAGGUCGCUACAUUAUUUGCACGAAUGAUAUCAUGAAAGAUUCUGUGUACGUCCAAAUGCUGAAGAUCUGGGAUGUUUUGCCGUUGGAAGAUGUGUCAAAGCUGGUUAAAAGACUUGAUAGCAUAUAUGGAGCCUUCACUGAUGAUUUCUUGAGUUGUUGCAAAGAACGUAGUCUUGAGGGGGAGCUAGAGGUCCCAAGGACUUGGAGCAAGUCAAUUGACAUUGUCCGAUUUAAGAGCAACUAUGCUGAGUCUACAACUGCUUCUGAUGGUGAAUUAGAUGGAACAUGCUAUGCUGAGAAUGCCAAAGUGAGCGAAAGCUUGUUGUUGAUGAAGUUUUACUCUCUUUCUGCGGGCAUAGUAGGUCAUUUGCUGUCUGAUGCUGAUGGUAAAGCUUUGGACUUGCCCUUUGAAGUAACGGAUGAGGAGUAUCAAAUAAUUCUUCACCCAAAAAGCUCCUUUAUUUUAGGACGCUCUGGUACUGGAAAGACAACUGUGUUAACGAUGAAAUUAUAUCAGAAAGAGCAAUUGCAUCACAUGGCUGUUGAAGGCUUGGUUGAAGUAAAUAAAGAUUCCGGCAAUGUGGAUGUCACCCAUUCCAAUGGGAAUGCAGCGAGUGAAAAUGUCUUACGCCAGCUUUUUGUGACUGUUAGUCCAAAACUUUGCUAUGCCAUAAAACAACAUGUUUCUCAUCUUAAAAGUUUUGCUCGUAAGGAGAGUUCUUCUUUGGCUAGUGACCCCAUGGAUGCUGAUGUUAUUGAUGACAGCGAGCAGUUUAGUGGUAUCCCAGACUCAUUUGUUGAAGUUCAUCCAAAGUCAUACCCUCUGGUGUUAACUUUUAACAAGUUUUUAUUCAUGCUUGACGGUACAUUAGGUAGUUCUUACUUUGAAAGAUUUCAUGGUGAUCUAGAUCUUUCUUAUGGAGGAAAUACCAGUACAUCCAUCACUUUCCUUAUGAAAAGGAAAGAGGUCAACUUUGAGAAAUUCAGUUUGGUUUAUUGGCCUCACUUCAAUUCACAGCUUACGAAGAAGCUUGAUUCCUCCAGAGUUUUUACUGAGAUAAUCUCUAUCAUUAAAGGUGGUCUCCAAACAGGAGAAACUGAUGAUGGUAAGCUUAGUUUAGAGGAUUAUCUUCUUCUUUCUGCUGGGAGAACAUCAACUCUAAGUCGGCAGAGGAGAGAGAUGAUAUAUGACAUAUUCCUGACUUAUGAGAAGAUGAAAUUAGAAAGAGGAGAAUUUGAUUUAUCAGAUUUUGUGAAUGAUCUUCAUAGACGGCUCAAGUGUGAAAGAUAUGUUGGUGAUAUAGUUGAUUUUGUUUAUAUUGAUGAAGUUCAGGACCUGACAAUGAGACAGAUUGCCCUGUUUAAAUAUGUCUGCAGAAAUGUGGAUGAAGGUUUUAUUUUUUCUGGAGAUACAGCUCAGACAAUCGCAAGAGGGAUUGAUUUCCGGUUUCAGGAUGUGAGAUGUUUGUUCUACAAAGAGUUUUUGACGAGAGAAAGAAAUGAUGGGGCUAGUGGAAGCCAAAUGAGAGGACAUAUUUCUCAGAUUUUCCAUUUGAGCCAGAACUUUCGUACCCAUGCUGGUAUACUAAAGUUAGGACAAAGUGUUAUAAAUCUUAUUUAUCAUUUCUUUCCUCAUUCUAUUGACAUUUUGAAACCUGAGAAUAGUCUUAUCUUUGGAGAAGCUCCAAUCUUGCUUGAGUCUGGGUCUGAUGAGAAUGCUAUUGUCACAAUUUUUGGCAAUACUGGCAAUAUGGGCAGUAGUAAUCUUGUGGGUUUUGGAGCUGAGCAGGUGAUACUUGUGCGGGAUGAUUGUGAUCGAAAGGAAAUAUCAAGUUAUGUAGGGAAACAUGCUCUUGUGCUAACAAUAGUUGAGUGCAAAGGGUUGGAAUUUCAGGAUGUCCUCCUGUACAACUUCUUUGGGUCGUCUCCACUAAAAAAUCAAUGGAGAGUGAUCUAUGAGUUUAUGAAGUUGCAGAAUCUACUUGAUACAAAUUUGCAACCGUCCUUUCCCAAUUUCAAUCCUGCAAAGCACAAUGUAUUAUGCUCUGAAUUGAAGCAGCUAUAUGUUGCCAUCACUCGCACACGGCAACGAUUAUGGAUUUGUGAGAACAAAGAGGAUCUUUCAAAACCUAUAUUUGAUUAUUGGAAGAAGUUAUGUGUGGUUCAGAUCAGGCAAUUGGAUGAUUCACUUGCACGUGCAAUGCAAGUCGCAAGCAGUCCAGAGGAGUGGAAAGCUCGGGGCAGAAAGUUGCUAGCAGUUGAAAACUACGAGGUGGCUACAAUGUGCUUUGAAAGAGCUGGUGAUAGGCAUUGGGAAACAUAUGCUAAGGCUGCUGGGCUUAAGGCAGCUGCUGAUCGAACUUAUCUCUUGAAUCCUGAAGAAGCCUCUACCAUUCUCAGACAAGCUGCUGAGCUUUUUGAAAGCAUAAAUGUGUACCAGAAAGCUGCGGAUUGCUUCUAUGAGUUGAAAGAAUAUGAUAGAGCAGGUAUAAUAUAUUUUGAGCUGGGUGAUUUUUCUAAUCUUAAAAAAGCCGGUGACUGUUUCACCUUUGCUGGACAUUAUGACCGCGCUGCUGAGGUAUUUGCUGAGUGUAAUCUUUUUUCUGAGUGCCUUUUGUCUUGCACUGAAGGGAAGUUGUAUGACUUAGGCCUGCAGUAUGUUCAAUAUUGGAAACACCAGGAAAUGGAUAGAAAUUUAGACAUGAUUGAACAAGUAUUCUUAGAAAAUUGUGCUCAUUCUCAGCAUAAGCAGGGUGAUAAGGUAGCAAUGCUGAAAUUUGUUAGGGCUUUUAAUUCAGAGGAGUCCAUGCACUCAUUUCUCAAGAAUGUAGGGUGCUUUGAUGAGCUUAUGGAUUUGGAAGUAGAACUAGGAAACUUCUCUAAGGCUGCUGAUAUUGCUAGGGAAAGAGCCUUGGCUGGGCACCAUGAGCGUGCUGCCGAGGUAUUUGCCAAGUGUAAUCUUUUCUCAGAGUGCCUUUCGUCUUGCUCAGAAGGGAAGUUGUAUGACUUAGGUCUACAGUUCAUUCAUAAUUGGAAACACCAGGAAACGGGUGGAGAAUUAGACUUGAUUGAACAAGUGUUCCUAGAAAACUGUGCUCGUUCUCUGUACGAUCAAGAUGAUAAGAUUGAGAUGAUGAAGUUUGUUAAGGCCUUUAAUUCAGAGGAGUCCAUGCAAACCUUUCUCAAGAAUUUGGAGUGCCUUGAUGAGCUUCUGGAUUUGGAGUUAGAAUUAGGUAACUUCUUAAAGGCUGCUGAUAUUGCAAGGGAAAGAGGGGAGCUUCUGCUUGAAGCAGAUCUACUGGAAAAGGGUGGACUUCACAAGGAAGCAUGUGAACUUCUUUUGUGGUACGCUCUUGCCGGUUGUCUCUGGGCUGAUGGUAAAGGUUGGCCGUUAAAAAAUUUCCCACAGAUGGAGGAGCUGCUAAUGAAAGCCAAAGCCUCUGCUCAUAAUAUCAAGCCACGUGAUCUUUAUAAGACAGCUUGUACAGAUAGCCUGAUUUUCAUGAACAGAAGCUAUUCUCUGCCUGAGAUGAAACAAUUGCUGACCAUCUCUCAACGUCAUAGCAAUAUGAGAGGGGUGAUACUAUCAACUAAAGGAAUUCUGGACUUAAUGCUUCAAGUUGAUAUUUCCAAAUUUGAACGGGGAAGGGACAUCACAGAGAAUUCGGCCAUGCAUCUGGAAAGGAUUUCCCGAAACAAGGUCUCGGUUGAAACAUUAAUUUACUUUUGGAACUCCUGGAAAGAGAUUAUUUUGAGAAUAUUCAAGUUCCUUGGGGCAGUAGAGGUUAGUGAAUCUAGUGAUAUUGCAGAACUUGGGGAAUUCUGUUUGAACUACCUUGGGGUUCGGAAACUGUCUUCUAGUACGAGCGCUGUUUAUGUUUGCCUAUACCCUGAUGCUGAUUGGAUCAAAGAUAGUGACCAAAGUUAUUUCCAAAAAUUUGGGAAAUUGUUAACGGUUGGUACGGAGCACUUGUUAGCUGCUGCGAACAACCAUUGGUCCAUGGAGUUACUCUCUACAGGCAUGAAAGUGUUGAGUGUUCUUGAAGCACUACGGAAGAACCCUCGGAAGAGUUCAUUGUCAGAUUUUAGCACGUCUAGGUUAGUCCUCUAUGUUUAUGAAAUUGCACAGAUGCUAUCCUCCUAUAAACCUGUGAAGUUGAGAUCUCAGGAUGAGAGGUUGCUUCAGAGAUACAUUGAUGUUUCAAUAACAGAACACUUUCAUUGUGUGUUUCCUUUAGAAUGGAAAAAGUCUGUUAGCAUAGACAUGAUGAUUUUGAGGGAGGUAGAUAUCUCUAGGAAAAUACUAGAAGAUGUCAUAUUAACUAACAUCCAGGGGACUGAUAAAAUGACAUUUUGGCAGCUUGGACGUGUGUCCAUGGUGCUUCUUGGUUCACCUAAGGGUAAAAUUCCAUCUUCACGAAUGGUUUUGAGAAGACUCAACACUGAUUCUCCUUGGAAGCCGCUUCUUCAGGUCAUUUCUCAGUGUUCUGCGACUCAAGCUCAGGCUCAAACUCAACUGGAAGAGUCCCUUGCUUGCAAACUUCAGAGAGCUCUUAGGGAUGUAUAUGAUGCAGAUUGGAGGACAAGAGAUUACAUAUCACCUGUCUGUUUCUUAUAUCUAGUUGACCGCCUAAUAGUUUCCCUCCUGGGGUUUCAGGGCUUCUUAGUGACAACAAGAUCAUCUCUUGUUGAAUGGUUUAUUCAUUCUGAAGGAGAUUCCAAUUUCAGCAAAAAUUGGGUGUCUGUCAGUGAUAGAUCCGGCGAAAAAUCUGUGUUUUUGAGAGAUACUUAUUUUCUUUUGGCUCGCAUACUUUAUCAGCUUCUUAGGAACAGAGCUGAAACGGUGCUAUGGGUAAAAAAAUCUGGCAUCAGUGCAAAGGAGAAUUUCCCGGUGCUGCUACUGAGAUUAGUUGUUUUAAUGUGCGUAGUUCAUCUGAACUCUAAUAGCUAUUUGCAGGAACUUCAAGAUGUGUUAAGCUGGGAAAUUAUCAAGCAAUUACCAUAUGACUUCUCUAAUGCUAUUUACAAAUGUCAGAAGGUUGGCAUCAACAAUGGUAUCGCUGAAGCAUUUAAUGCAAUUAAUGAUCCUCUAGUUGUGGUAAGGACUGGAAAAACCCGUCCAAAAGUGUUCUGCAAGGGUGCCAUUUCUCUUGAUAUUGUUGGCCAGAGUAAAGAGGACUUGCUCAGAAUCCUGUUCCCAGAGAAGGUGAAUGGUUGUCAAGAUAGAGUCAAUGCCACUGAUACUAAAUCAGGUACUACAUGCGGCUCCAUAUUACCUGAAAAGAAGAAUGAAGGAUGUGAGUCCCAAGAUGGUGAUUUAUGGGAAGUUUUUGAUUUGUUCAAGCUGGUAGAAAACAAGGAUGACAAAAGCUGGAAUAGAUUUGUGUCUAAUGUCCCAAAGACUAGGGUUCAAAUUGACAUAUUAUAUGACCUUCUGACGAAUGCAAUAUCCAUGGCAUUGGAACAUAAUACUUGCACUGACGAGUACAAGGAAGAAGGUGAUUGUCUGCUUCUUGAGUUACAACUGUUAUCAUCAGCCUUAAAUAGCGGACAUCUGAAAGAUAAUGUUUUGCUGGUCGAAGACAGUGCAAGAAGGCUGUUAUCGGGAAAGCCAGUAUUUGAGUUCUUUCUGAGUUCGCUGAUUCCUCAAAAGGACGCGACUACCCCAGAGGAUCAUGAGACAACUACUGCAGAGAAAGGAAAUGAUGAUGAUAAUAAGACUGAGGAGGGGAAGAUGGAUGCCUCUCCAGCUGCUGCUCCUGGAAAACAGCAAAGUCAAGCUGUUGAGAUAAGCCAAGGGAAAGGACAAACAAUGUCGAAACAUGCCAAGAAGAAGGCCAAGAAGAAGAGAAAAUAGAUUUUCCUGUUGGAAAAGUGUUACGUUAUUCUGUAAAGUGUUACCUUUUAGGUGUUAAUAUUUAGUAAAUUGUGUGUUUAUUUUUGUAAGUUUCUGUUCUUUUGACUGCUCAUCUCGCCUGCACUUUUGUGAUCUUGAUCAUGAUCAUCUUGAGGAUAAUGUACUAAGUCAUGUCAUUGAUGAUGAACUUACUUGAACAAAUUCAAGCACGUAGUAUUUUUUUUAUUUAGAAUACAAUUUAGACCCAAAAUUUGAACUC